CUCCAUUAAAAAGAACUGCAGUGACAAUACGGUUUCAAAUUUUAAAACAAAAAAAAUAUUAAAUUAAUUUCAUAAAAUAAUAUAAAAAGAAACUUUCCUACUUGCUAUCUCUAAAUAUGCCCUUUUUGUUUCAUCAUCGAAUUGACAGUAAACAGACUCGAAUAAGCCAAGCAGAGAAAUCUUGAUGGCCGGACCAUCAUGGUUGGUGGACGGUAACAGAUUUGCAACAAAAAUCAAGAGUGCAUCUGGGACAUCCGAUCCCGAAAGAGUUAAAUGGAAAAGCAAUCCAAGUAAAGCUUGUCCGAAUUGCCAUUUUGUUAUUGAUAACACUGAUGUUACUCAAGAGUGGCCAGGAUUGCCAAGAGGGGUGAAAUUUGAUCCAUCUGAUCAGGAAAUUAUAUGGCAUUUACUUGCAAAAGUUGGUGUUGAGGGCUUCAAAACCCAUCCAUUUAUUGAUGAGUUCAUUCCGACUCUUGAGCAAGAUGAUGGAAUCUGCUACACACAUCCUCAGAAUUUGCCAGGUGUUAAGCAAGAUGGAAGUGUGUCCCAUUUCUUUCAUAGAGCAAUCAAGGCUUACAGUACUGGAACUCGAAAACGCCGAAAGAUAAACGGCGAUGAUUUUGGUGAUGUCCGCUGGCACAAGACUGGCAGAACUAAACCAGUGACAUUGGAUGGAGUUCAGAGAGGGUGUAAGAAGAUUAUGGUUCUUUAUAUGAGCAUGGUAAGAGGAGGGAAAGCUGAGAAAACAAAUUGGGUGAUGCACCAAUAUCACCUAGGAACAGGGGAAGAUGAGAAUGAUGGAGAAUAUGUUGUAUCUAAAAUACUUUAUCAGCAACAACAGGCGAAACAGAGUGAUAAAACUGAACAAGAAUUUCCUGAAAGCACUGAUGCCAUUAUCGCAAAAGUAGAUCCUGUCACUCCAAAGUCAGUGACUCCUGACCCACCACGUUCUGAAAGACAGUAUUUUGAUUUGGACAUGGGACAAGAGUCUACUAAUACUGGUACUUCCACAGAUCCAUUAACUCAACUCCCUGACAUGAGGCAUGUCGAGGAAGAGGUUGAACCUGAAUGUGAACAGCCUAGUUACAAUUCUCAGCCCAAAGCAGAAUGUAAUGCUAAUCAGAUUGUAGAUAAUAAUGAUAAUCAUUCUGAGGGAGAACAUAAAUUAUCAGAGAGUGAACUACAGUAUCUGUUGGAUUCGCAACAAUUUGCGGAAGGGCUAUCUGUAUGUGAUGAGCUUCUCCAAAGUCAAUCUUCAACUAGGGAUGAAAAUGAGAAUGAUGGAAGAUCCAAUGGAAAGCCCUGUCUUUCUGAUUAUGCUCGUUUAGGACCAGAAAAUUUGAAGAAGGAUUUGGAGGAAUGUCAAAAUCUGGUCAUUGAUCCAGCAAACAUAGAACUUGAUACUCCUCCAGAAUUUCGGUUGAGCCAGCUUGAUUUCUGUUCACAGGAUAGCUUCCUUUCAUUCGGUGGAAGUAAGGCGAAUGAAUACAAAUGAAUGCAUAGCAGAAGAAAAAUCAGUGAAUAUUUUGUGGUUACACUUAAGUGAGAAUUUUGCUUGUUAAAAAUGUCCUCAGGUGACCUUGAACUUUAUUUUUGCCGGACACCUACAGUAUACAGCAAAGUUACUUAUGCUGUAAUUUCCUACUAUUUUUUUGCUGGGAUGUAGCUGUCUACAUAACUUAUGCUGUAAUUUCCCAUAUCCAAGGCCAUCUAAGUUAUGAUAGCCAAACAAUGUACAUCUGAAUUCUGAUAACUAGUUUCUACAUCCUGCAAUCUUGCAUGUUUUCUGGAA